GCCAUUGGUGUCCUCAGACCAGAUAGUGGGAAUAAUGACAGGACAAGUAGAAGGAUUUUAGUAUUCAGCAGGAGUUUCUAUUGGUUGAAUGUUGGUACGGAUAAACUGUCAACCCACUAAUGACAUUACAGAUUCAUGGAUUUGAAACUAAAUGACUACCUGCAUUAUUCCGAAUUAGUAGCCAAAAACACUGACAGGUCUCUAAUUCUAGUGAUGAUUGGACCAGCUAAAACUGCACUACAGAUGAAAUUUUAAACAAUAGCCCGUUUUGAUCGUGCUCCACAAUCCCUUGCACUCUCUUACAAAAGAGAUUGCUAUAUAUAGAGUGCCUUAGCUCUGAGCUUUCCAUGUUCUAAACACUUGUUUUUCACUCACUUCAGCUUCUGUUUGAGGAUGGAGCUUGUGAUAUUUCUCUUGCUCGUUUCAGUGGCCCAAGUGUCAUCUCUUACUCCAUGCCCUAAAUGCGGCAGCAUGGAGGUUCCAUACCCACUUAGCACAGAUGACAGCUGUGGGGACCCUAGGUACAAGGUGUACUGUAAGAACGGAGGCCUAGAGUUUCUGUCGGCUGGAGGAACUUACUAUGAGGUCCUCAGCAUUGACCCUAGUGCUGACAAGCUUAUCAUAAGUCCCCCCAUGAUACAGAAUAAUACAUGUUAUUCUUCUGACCUUAGUGUAGGCGGCUUGAGUCUGGAUGAGAACUUGCCAUUUAACAUAUCCACUCACAACACUGUGAUUCUGCUGAAUUGCUCGAGCAACAUCCUUCUUUCGCCAUUGAAUUGUUCUUCAAACAGCUUUUGUAGGACUUAUGAGGACAAUGCGGUGGAAGCAAGAGGGUGUAGAAACACCCUUUGCUGUCAUUACUUGAAAGAUUCGGCCAUGACCUCUCAUAGAAUUAGGAUUAGGGAUGGAGGGUGCACUGCUUACACAUCCGUGGUGAAUAUUGAGCCUAGCAAUCCAGUCGGUUCAUGGAAUUAUGGUAUUGAGCUGCAAUGGGUCCGCCCAAGUUGAGGUUUUCUGUCAAGGUGCAGACCAAACGCAGUACUGUGUAAUUAUUUAAAAGGAGGGGUUUAGAGUCUGUAGCUGUUGCUUCUUUGCCACGGUAUCGUAUCUCCUCCCAUGCAUGGUAAAUUGUCAAUCGAAUGAUGGUUGCAUGUUCUGUCAUGUCUUGUUAUUGGUCUGUGUUCCGUAUCUUCUGUAACUGUCCAUGCUCGGUUAGGUGCUGAGCAUGACCUUGUAAUUGAAUAAGUGAGUAAUAAUGUCUUCUUGGUCUCCUAGCAUCAAUCUCAAUUUGGCUUUGUUUGCUGUUUGC